AUGCCUGUCGUCGUCGUCGUCGCUGCUCCUUUGUUCAACAAAUGUUCAUCUAUGAAACAACUAGCAAAUGGAAAUGUUCAGCAUAUAGCUAAAUGCCAGAAAAACCCUACACACGACUGCAGAGUACAAUCCAGAUCAGUAUUUAUGGGAGCCAGAGUUUACUCUCGCCGGAAGGAGCUUACGAAUGAAAGAAGUCAGACCUUAAAAUGCAGCCACUAUGUUCCUGCUGUCAUCCCAGAAAACACUGCCCUUCCAUGUGUAGUCUACUGCCAUGGGAAUAGUGGAUGCAGAGCAGAUGCAAAUGAAGCCGCUGUCAUACUUCUUCCUUCAAAUAUCACUCUUUUUACACUUGACUUUGCCGGAUCAGGGCUAUCAAGUGGAGAUUAUGUCAGCCUUGGUUGGCAUGAGAAGCAGGAUCUCAAAUGUGCUGUGUCCUUUCUGCGUAACAAUAAGCAAGUUUCUCGUAUAGGCCUUUGGGGGCGCUCGAUGGGUGCUGUUACAAGUCUGCUAUAUGGAGCAGAAGACCCCUCAAUUGCAGGCAUGGUUCUGGAUAGUGCUUUCGCUAACUUAUAUGACUUGAUGAUGGAGCUCGUAGAAGUUUACAAAAUACGAGUUCCUAAGUUCACGGUUAAGAUGGCUGUUCAGUACAUGCGACGUGUCAUUCAGAGAAGAGCUAAAUUUGACAUAAUGGAUCUUAAUGUUGUCCAGUUUGCACCCAAGACGUUUAUUCCUGCAUUAUUUGGACAUGCUUCAAAUGAUAUGUUUAUUCAGCCACAUCACACAGAACGUAUUCAUCAGGCAUAUGCUGGGGAUAAAAAUCUAAUCAAAUUUGAGGGUGAUCACAAUUCCCCAAGGCCCCAGUUUUAUUACGACUCUGUUUCAAUAUUCUUCUACAAUGUUCUUCACCCACCUCAGUUUCCUUCAACUUGCACAAAUAAAUUUGAUAAGUAUUACAACCUUGGUGCUUUUAAGGGUGGUGCUGGUACCAAUGAGAGCUUAUUAUAUGAGAUCAUCAAUGGUCUACGGGCAGCUGGCACUGAUGCAGGAAGUUCAUCAGCUGCUACAGCUAAUUUCACAAAUGCUACAAAAUCAGUAGUUGAAUUGCUGACAGAGAGGGUAAAUCAGCUAUCUGUUAAAAAUGAUAAUGACUUGGAUUUUCUUUUGGAUGAAAAUCAUAACCCCACUGAGAUGGACGGUAACACAGGAGAGUGUCAUUUAGAGGAUAAAGCAAACAGACAAACAGAGGAAUGCUGUUCAUACACCAGCUCAAACAGAGAGAGCUGGGGAAGAUGUUCCUCCUUGGGUGGAGCUAGUGAUGGAUCGUCAUCAGGCGAGCAGCCUGAGAUACCUAAUCAUAAGCUCAAGAGCAUGACACUAAGGGCUCUAGCAAGCGCCACUGAGAGGCAGUACGAAGGAAACCUCUACCUCUCUCACGAUCCCGAAGGAGAAGAAGAAUCAAUCACUGUGGAAGAGAACCUGCGCUGCGAUUUGGAGCUUCUGACAUUCAGCGCCAAUCAUGCUGUGUACAUUGGUUGA